CAAGCAGACAGAGAGAGAGAGAGAGAGACAGGGAGAAGACUCAAACAGUGUCGCACAGCAGAUACGAGGAUGAUUCAUGUGUAAGAGGUGAGUUGUGUAUCCCGGUAGAUUUUGGCUUUCUUUUUUUGCCCCCGUUGUUUAAAACCAUUGUCCUAAUGUUUCUCAUUUCCACAGUGAUUUGAUUUACUGGAGAGUCUCAGGUGUAUUCAAUAAUCUGGCUACAAAUAGACCGGUCAUACGUCACGCUGGUAGUGUGCAGAGUAUCAUCUAAAUUACACAUCUUUGCGGCUAGUUGAGAGUUGUUUUUUGUUUUUUUAUCUGGAUUUUAGCUGCAAGAUUUUCAAUGUCAGAAAAAGGUGAAAAGGGAAGAGAACAUUUCAUGGUGGUGUGAGAGACAGAAUAGGGAAGUUAUUUGGGAAUCACUGCUUUAUUUGUCCAUCCUCUUUCUCUUUCCCACCAGGCUUUCCUUCCUCCUACACAUUAGAUGAUGAGAUGUAUUAGAGGAAAAGAAGCGAAGGCUCUGCUGACAAAAAAAAACCUUUAAGGAGGUUGGGAGGAGUCUUUUUGGAUAGCUUUUUCUUUUUUUCUUUUAGAGCUUUGUGGGCGGAAGCUCAAGGCAGAUAGGGCAGAGGGACUGGGAUAAUAGUGGACCCUUCAAGUUGCCUGACAGGCUUUAUUAUAAAAAACAAGGCAAGAGAGACAGAGAGAGUGAGGAAAGAGUGAAGGGAGAGGGAGAGUAGCACUCGUCUCCACUCCUCCCGGCAAAUGGGAGAGCAAGUCUAAAUCAUGUUGCAUAUCAGUGCUGUUGUGCUGUGAUGUUGCUCAGGCAGAGCCCGGCGCAGAGCAGGCAGCAUUGCGGACCAGUAGUCAGACCCAGGAUCAGCCCAGCAGGCUUCACAGAGCUGGAGACCCUCUCCCCGCAACGUCCCUCGCCUCCACUGCGUGCCCCCCUCAGUGACAUGUACCCCGAAGAGAGCCGGGGGUCUGGAGGGGCAGCCACUGUGGACUUCCUGGAAGGGACGUAUGACUAUGCCGCCCCCACCCCUGCCCCGACUCCUCUUUACAGCCACUCCACCCCUGGCUACUACUCUGCUCCUCUGGAUGCCCACGGACCACCCUCAGAUGGAAGCCUUCAGUCCCUUGGCAGUGGGCCUACGAGUCCUCUUGUGUUUGUGCCCUCCAGCCCCCGACUCAGCCCCUUUAUGCACCCGCCAACCCACCACUAUCUGGAAACCACCUCAACACCCGUCUACAGGUCCAGCGUCCCGUCCAGUCAGCAGCCGGUUUCCAGAGAGGAUCCGUGUGGCACCAGUGACGACUCAUACAGUGUGGGGGAGUCGGGGGCUGGAGCUCGGGCCGGUGGGUUUGAGAUGGCCAAAGAUAUGCGUUUCUGUGCCGUGUGCAGUGACUAUGCCUCGGGGUACCACUACGGGGUGUGGUCCUGUGAGGGCUGCAAGGCCUUCUUUAAGAGGAGCAUCCAGGGUCACAAUGACUAUAUGUGCCCAGCCACCAAUCAGUGUACUAUUGACAGGAAUCGGAGGAAGAGCUGCCAGGCCUGCCGUCUUAGGAAGUGUUACGAAGUGGGCAUGAUGAAAGGAGGGGUGCGCAAGGACCGCGGUCGUGUUUUGCGACGUGACAAGCGACGGACCCGCGCCGGUGACAAAGAAAAGGCCUCUAAGGACCUGGAGCACAGAACAGUGCCCCCUCAGGACAGGAGGAAACACAGCAGCAGCAGCAGCAGCAGCAGCAGUGCUGUCGGUGGAGGAGGAAAAUCAUCUAUGAUCGGCAUGCCUCCUGAGCAGGUGCUCCUCCUGCUCCAGGGUGCUGAGCCCCCAAUGCUGUGCUCCCGUCAGAAGCUGAGCCGACCUUACACUGAGGUCACCAUGAUGACCCUGCUCACCAGCAUGGCCGAUAAGGAGCUGGUCCACAUGAUCGCCUGGGCCAAGAAGCUUCCAGGUUUCCUGCAGCUGUCCCUCCACGACCAGGUGCAACUGCUGGAGAGCUCGUGGCUGGAGGUGCUGAUGAUCGGGCUCAUCUGGAGGUCCAUCCAUUGCCCCGGCAAACUCAUCUUUGCACAGGACCUCAUACUGGACAGGAGCGAAGGCGACUGCGUGGAAGGUAUGGCUGAGAUCUUCGACAUGCUGCUGGCCACCGCCUCCCGCUUCCGCAUGCUCAAACUAAAACCCGAGGAGUUUGUCUGCCUCAAAGCUAUCAUCUUACUCAACUCUGGUGCCUUCUCUUUCUGCACCGGCACAAUGGAGCCGCUCCACGACACCGCGGCGGUGCAGAACAUGCUCGACACCAUCACAGACGCUCUCAUACAUCACAUCAGCCAAUCUGGGUGUUCGGCUCAGCAGCAGUCGAGGCGACAGGCCCAGCUGCUCCUUCUGCUCUCCCACAUCAGACACAUGAGCAACAAAGGAAUGGAGCACCUCUACAGCAUGAAGUGCAAGAACAAAGUGCCUCUGUACGACCUGCUGCUGGAGAUGCUGGACGCUCACCGCAUCCAACGCCCAGACAGACCAGCUCAGUCCUGGUCCCAGGCUGACGGAGAGCCUCCCUUCACCAUCACCACCAACAACAACAACAACAACAUCAGCGGCGGCGGCUCCACCUCCUCAGCUGGUUCCAGUUCAGGACCCCGAGUCAGCCACGAGAGCCCGAGCAGAGGCCCCACAUGUCCGGGUGUCCUGCAGUACGGAGGGUCCCGCUCCGACUGCACCCACAUCCUAUGAGACAGAGCACAUCAAGCAAGAGCGGAGGUCAAUAGUCAUUUUUAUGGAUGGCGCGUGUGGCACAGAAUGAAAGAUAAAAAGUUUUAUUUGAGUUAAUUUCAUGAGGUAAUUAUUUAUAAAUUAAGUGAUUUUAUAGUUGUAGCUGUUUAGGGAGACGUUAUUUUUUCCUUUUGCACUACUCCGGUUCGUUUUGAGCUUCAAUGCUGUUAAUCUUCUAUGCUGCCUUUCAUAAUAUCUGUGAUUCUGAGUCGGUCUCUAACAGCUUUACAGUGCAGCUUUCUAUUUACAGGUGUUAGGUCAUAUUGUGGCACUCUUGUCAGCUACGGUGAUUUGAGAUGACGAGCAGCUAAUUGUUUUUCUUUGUAUUCGCUUCAACCAAAGUGCACUUCCUCUUGGGUUUAAGGGGCUAUUGGGCAUUUUUUUUACAUUUACAUUUAAAGGAUGAUCACACACUAAACUAUGAUAAAACUGGUUAAAAUGAA